GCGGCCCCCUCGGGCGGCCCGGCCGCGCCGCCGCGUAGCCGCGGGCGAUGCCGGAGCGGCCGCGCCGGGGCCGGGGCGCCGGGCCGGGGCCCGCCGUGCCCGGCGGCGCGGCCCCAUGGAGCCAUGGCGCGUAGGGCGCCGAGCGGGCGGGCCCCGGCCGUGGCUCCGGCUCCGUCCCGGCGGCUGGCAGGGAGGGUCCUCGUCCUCUUCACGCUGUCGCUGUCCUGCUCGUACCUGUGCUACAGCCUCCUGUGCUGCUGCGGCAGCCCCGCCGCGCCCCGCGCCCGCUGCCCGCCCGCCCGCGCCGCCGCCGCCGCCAAGAAACUUCUGCAGCAGUCGCGGCCGUGCGGGCGGCCGCCCCCCGCCCCGCCGGCCGGCAGCGCCCCGGGGCCCGCCCGCCCCGGCACCAAGCGCCUGCCGCGGGCCAUCGUGGUGGGCGUCAAGAAGGGCGGCACCCGCGCCGUGCUGGAGUUCAUCCGGGUGCACCCCGAGGUGCGCGCCCUGGGCACCGAGCCCCACUUCUUCGACAGGAACUACCACCGCGGGCUGGAGUGGUACAGGAGCCUGAUGCCACGAACGCUUGACAGCCAGAUCACCGUGGAGAAGACCCCCAGCUACUUUGUGACCAAGGAGGCCCCGCGGCGCAUCUUCAACAUGUCGCGGGACACGAAGCUGAUCGUGGUGGUGCGGAACCCGGUGACCCGCGCCAUCUCGGACUACACGCAGACGCUCUCCAAGAAGCCAGACAUCCCCACCUUCGAGGGGCUGACCUUCCGCAACCGCAGCCUGGGGCUGGUGGACACCUCCUGGAACGCCAUCCGCAUCGGGAUGUACGCCGUGCACCUGGAGAGCUGGCUCCAGUACUUCCCCCUGUCCCAGAUCCACUUUGUCAGCGGCGAGAAGCUGAUCACGGACCCGGCAGGGGAGAUGGGCAAGGUCCAGGAUUUCCUGGGCAUCAAACGGGUUAUCACAGACAAGCACUUCUACUUCAACAAGACGAAAGGCUUUCCGUGCCUGAAGAAGUCGGAGGGCAGCGGCUUGCCUCGCUGCCUCGGCAAGUCCAAGGGCAGGACUCACGUGCAGAUAGACCCCGAGGUGAUCGAGCAGCUUCGGGACUUUUACAGACCUUAUAACAUCAAAUUCUAUGAAACAGUCGGGCAGGACUUCAGGUGGGAGUAAGUGUCCGGGAGCGGAGCUGCAGUGGCAGGAAGCUGCAGUCUUCUCUGGGAGGGCCCAAGGGGCUGGAGCCAGGACCCCCCCAGCCCAUCCUGCCCACAGCUGCGAGCAGAGGCAGGCAGGGGGCUCCCCUGUCCCUUAGGAGUCUGCAGUGCAAGAUAAGGAAGACUCAGAGAGUCCUGCUGCAGCCACCAAGCUGAGGGACGAGUGCCCAGCAGCGCUGCCUGUCCCAGCGGGCCAGCAGCCACAUGGUCUCCUCUGUGGGGUCCCGUUUGCUCUUAGCAUGGUCCCCAGGGCCACGGGGAUGGCCCCGUCCUGCAGCCCGUGUUCAGGCUGCUCCAAAGCACAUCCUCUGCUCCCGAAGCAGAUGGGUGCUCCUGGGCAGCGGCAGUGGGACUGUCCCUGCCAGGCCCUGUCCUGGGCAGGCAGAGCUGCACUUUGCCUUUGUCACUCGCGCGCCAUGUGUACCCCUGAGGGCAGUGACAUGUACCUGCUUGACAAAGAGUCUAUGGGAAAUGUUGUACUGAUAUUUUGUCCUGUGAAUAAAGCACAGAAUCCUGCUGUUACGGGUACUUUAGUGGCACUAGUUUCCUUGUUCAGCUUGUGAUCCCUUCAUGUAAAUAAAGUGGCUUCCACCAGUCCGUA